UAAAAAACAAUACAGUGACAAAGGAGCAACCAUGCCUGUCAUCUCGAUCAACGGAAACGAUCUCAACCCUGAGAACCAGGGCCCUGUCCUCCGGGCUUUUGGUCUCGAGUCAGAGGAUGCGUCCAAAUCCAACUACAUUCUCAUCCAGACCAAGGAACUGCUUGAGGAUGAGCAGGAGGACGAGCUCGAGCGUCUGGGCGUUGAUAUCCAGGAAUAUGUCUCGCAGAAGACGUACCUGUGCUGCUACAAGCCAAGUGACCUGGCUGCCAUCCGCUCCCUCCCCUUUGUGGCCUGGGCAAACGUCUACAUGGACAUGUUUGUUGUCCAGUCAAGCAUGAAGUCUGCAUCCGUCCCUAACGCCGUGGCUGGAUUCGCCAAGGCCGUGCCGAAAUCCUCCCGCCGCCGCAUGGUCGAUGUUGUGCUUCACCACGAUGUAGAUCCCACUUCGCAGGAGAUCCAGGAGGCCCUUUGUAUGGCCACGAGGGCCGACACCUCGUCGAUGAACAUUGGUGCCAAGAAGGUCCGCAUGAUGGUCCAGGACCAGCAUCUGGAUGAAGUGGCCGCCAUCGACGGGGUACGAAGCAUCCAUGAAGUGCAUGCAGCCGUGUUGUUCAACAACAAGGCGGUCCCAAUCAUCAAGGGUGAUGCAGACACGAGGGGAGACCACCCCAUUGGGACUGCGGAGGCGAAGGACAAGGCCAGUGCCUUGCCGUAUGAGGGAGAGGGACAGAUCGUUGCGGUUGGCGACACCGGGUUCGACAAGGGCAGCACGACCGACACACACCCAGCGUUCAAGGGCCGGGUCAAGCACCUGUAUGCUCUUGGACGCACGGAUCGGUCUGACGAUCCCGACGGCCACGGCACGCACGUCUGCGGGUCUGUCCUUGGAGACGGAACAUCGGAGAAGAUGGGCGGCAAGAUCCAGGGCACGGCACCCAAGGCGACGCUUGUGCUUCAGUCGCUGCUGGACAGCCAGAACGGGCUGGGGGGCAUCCCCGACGACCUGACGAAGCUGUUCAUCCAGCCGUACGAGGAGCAAGGUGCGCGCAUCCAUACCAAUUCGUGGGGCAGCAACGCACCCGGCCGGCAGCUGCCGUACAACAUCAACAGCGAGGAGAUCGACCGGUUUGUGUGGGAGCACCAGGACAUGGUCAUCCUGUUUGCAGCGGGCAACGCGGGAAUCGACGCAGACCAAGACGGGAUCAUCGACAAGAACCAGAUUGGCUCGCAGGCUGCGGCCAAGAACUGCAUCACGGUUGGAGCCAGCGAGAACGACCGACCAGACAUUGCGAAAACGUAUGCCUCGUGGUUCCCGAACAAGCCGUUCGACACGGACCGGGUGGCCGACCACCCGAACGGGAUGGCGGCCUUUAGCUCGCGCGGGCCGACCAAGGAAGGACGCAUCAAGCCGGACGUGGUAGCGCCGGGGACGUCGAUCCUGUCGACACGCUCGUCGAAGCUGCUGAAGCCCAGCACGACGUUUGGCACCAGUGCGGACCCAGCGUGGUUCUUCAAUGGGGGCACGAGCAUGGCGACUCCGCUGGUGGCAGGCGGGGUGGCCCUGAUCCGCGAGGCGCUGGUGAAGAGCGGGAACAAGAACCCGUCCGCUGCGCUGAUCAAGGCGAUGCUGAUCAACGGGGCGGUCGAGCUCCCGGGCCAGUAUGUGCCCUCUGAGGCCGGGCCGUCGCCAAACAGCAGCUCGGGCUACGGACGGGUCAACCUGAAGAACUCGAUCCCACAGCAGCCCACAAAGGAGGACGAGCCGAAGGGCGGCUACCGCGAGGGCGGGCCCCUGACGCAGGGCCAGACGGACUCUGAGCUGGUGAUCAAGGUGCCGAAGGACGGGGGGCGGACGCUGAAGGUGACGCUUGUGUGGACAGACCCGGCGGGGGCGUCGCUGCAGAACGACCUGGACCUGAUCGUGACGGCGGCGGACGGCAGCGAGCGGCACGGCAACAUGGGCGAGAAGAAGGAGUUUGACCGGGCGAACAACGUCGAGCAGGUGGUGUGGGCGAAGGUGCCUGCCGGCGAGGUCAAGGUGCAGCCACACGCAGCGCUGGGCCGAGCUGUCCGCGCGCCUGCAGGUGCUCUACUACCGCCCGCUGGCGCUGCCCGAGCUGGUCCGCGAGCUCCAGCCCGGCGGCCGCUACAGCGCCAUCGAGGCGAUCUUCCGGCCCAACAACACGCUGGCGGACACCUGCCGCCGCUGGACGACCGCCUGAUCCCGCAUCUGCCGCGCUCGCUGCGGCUGGUCGCCUCCGUCAACCACGGCUACGAGCGCGAGGACACGGCCGCCCUGGCCGCGCGCGGGAUCUGGUACUGCAACGGGGCGGGCGCCGCCAACGACUCGACGGCCGACCUGGCGCUGUUCCUGCUGCUGGCGUGCUUCCGCCGCACGAGCCUGUGCGAGCACACGGUGCGCUCGCUGCGGCGCGGCGACUUCUACGACAUCGAGGGCGCGGUGGCGGCGACGGCGCAGAACCCGCGCGGCCGGCAGCUGGGCAUCGUCGGGCUGGGGGAGAUCGGGCAGGCGGUGGCCGAGCGGGCGCAGCGGGCGCUGGGGAUGGCGAUUCACUACUUUGGACGCCGGCGGAAGAGCGCAGCGGUCGAGCAGCGGCUGGGCGGCGCGGUGUAUCAUGCGCGGCUGGAGAGCCUGCUGGCGGUGGCGGACUGCGUGGUGCUGGCGUGUCCGCACACGGAGGAGACGCACCACCUGCUGAAUGCGCGGACGUUUGCGAUGAUGAAGAAGGGCGUGCGGGUGGUGAAUGUCGGCCGGGGCAAGUGUGUGGACGAGGAGGCGCUGGCGGAUGCGCUGGAGGCCGGCAUCGUGAGUGCGGCCGGCCUGGACGUCUACGAGGAGGAGAUCAACGAGCGGCUGCUGGACAGCUGGCAGGUCACUUUGAUGCCGCACAUAGGGGGAGCGACAGUCGACACUCAAGCGAACUUUGAGAGGAUCGCGAUGGACAACCUGGAGGCCUUUUUCUUUGGCGACGGCAAGCCAGUGACUCCGGUGAACAGCGUCGGUCUUGAUGAUACACAUUAUAUUAUUGAUAUCGACUGA